AUGCACUGGCGCAAAGACCUGCAGCGAGGAGGGCUACACAGUGCGUAUGGCUUUUGGGAUGGGUGCGCACGUGACAAGGCGCUGGACCUGGAUGAGUUGAUGAAACUGGCAAACCUGACCCUUCCAACGGCAGCAUCAAUCCUGUCCACGGUGGUGGCCAUGGAGGUCGCACGUCGAGCAGCGGCUGCAAAGUAUGGAGUGGAUCUGACUCCCCCGGUGUUUGUGCCUGUGUGGCCCUUUGUAUCUGUGGGCUGUUUCGGUGCCAUAACCCGGCAGCAAUCGAUUGUGCCCAAUGAGGAUGCCAAUCUCUCCAUGUCCGUGUCCGCAGGCCUUGCAGGCUAUGCAGUCUCGUUCUUCUUGCUCCUCCUGGGCCUGGCGCUAGGAUCUGACCAGGAGCAACAAAUUAGCUUGAACUACCAGAUCUUGCCUCUUGUCCUUAAGAUCCUCAUGCGACCGCUGCUGGGCGAGCCGUCUGCUACAGAGCAGCCCGACCCAUUUAGCGAUCCGGUGAACGUUGCAUUUCCAGCCAAUCCAAUCCUCAUUGGAGGCACUCUUGGUGUUGUCAUCACCUCCUUGAACAUGCUUGCCUUGGGCCGACUGGACGGUGCAGUGCUUGCCCGGACUUUGAGGGGCUCCGGCACCUUUGCUGGCUUGAUCAGCUGCUCCCUUUUGAUCAGCGGGAGCUUGGACAAUUCCACCAGUUUGUUGUAUGCGACCUUUGCGUUUUAUGCAAUCGUCCUGCAGGGCGGAUACAACUGUCCUGCAAGGGAUUCGCUUACUGAACCGGACCCAAACUUGCGCAACCUCGCCAUUCUGUUGCUGGUACUUGGCAUCCUGCUAUCUAUCCCAGGAUCAUUGAUUCCUGGUUUCUAA